CAGGUCUUUGAUUAGAAUACAUGGAGUGGUCUCUUUGGAAACCUAAUCAGUGAGUCAAGCAUUUCUGUGGAAUCAAUUCUACUGGAUUAGCAGUGCUUGUCCCAUCUAUUUUUAUCGAGUUUCCUUGUGCGUUGAGGAUUUAAAAGAGAUUUCGAAACAUUACCGGAUUUAUAAAGUGAAGUGUGCUGAAAAUUAACUCUUCACGUUUUAUUUAAUUUGUAAGUGUGUGCCAGAUCUGUGUUUGGAAAUAAAAGGUGAAUUUGUCAUCAUCGUCAUGGCGUCCUGUACUGUCAUCACCGCCAUCAUCUGCGUCCUCAUCACCACGGUGGCUGUCAUCGUGGCGUUUGCCACGCCCAACUGGGUAAAGUUUGAGAACUUGCCGGUUUCGGGGAAGAGCCUGUGCCAAUGCCUGAACUGUGACUGUGGCAUGUGGCUGCACUGUGUGGACACCGGCUCGGGGGACGGCUCCAUUGACAACUGUCGCUGGUUCUUCUCCGAGGAGUUUAGGAUUGAGAAGGAGCUUCCAG